CUUCAUCAUCGACCAGACCGUUCGAGAAGAACGGAAGAGAAGAGAAGAGAGAGAUGGCAUCGAAGCUGCUGUUGAUACCGCUCUGCAUUGCGACGCUAAUUGCGUUGUUGCUGCUCUUUGAGCAGGGCAGGAGACUGGUGAGGCACUGCUGGGACGUGCUCCUGAACGGCAAGUCUCCCCUGCGAUGGUUUGCUGGGCUGGCUGCGGGCAUUGUGCCGCCCGUUACAUGGACGCUGGCGUUCAAGUGCGCCCGCAACCUACCCCCCGAGUGGAGACCAGCGAUCAAUGUCGAUCUGCUUCCGCGAAUCGAGGCAAGGCUGCUUUCUGUCAGCGGCACCCUCUUCUUUGCUUGCCUGCUCGUUCCUUUGGCUCUGCUCGUCCGAACACGGAGUCGGACAAUGCAGUCAAGACGUCUCUACCCUGUCCUCAUCCUCCUCUUUCCACUUUGGCUCAAGGCUCUUAACAAGCUCGCCCUGGGAGUGGAGUGGACACCAUCGCAGGACGUCAUCGCGUGGAUUUUCUACGGCGUCCUCCAUUUCGCUUCGCCCUUCAUUGCAGGAUGGUGGAUCUGGGGAUUUGGCCCACCGGGCGCAGCAAUCGUCUUUGGUCUCACGCUCGGCGUGCAAAACCUCAGCGGUCUAUUUACCCACAUCGUCUUUCCCAAUGCCGCGCCAUGGUACUAUGACGUGUAUCCUGUCGAGACGAUCCCAGACUACGACUUUCCCGGCAAUCCAGCUGGCCUCAUUCGCGUCGAUGCAGCUUUGGGCACGCAUUUGUACAAGGCCGCCUUCAAGAAGAGCCCCGUCGUCUUUGGAGCACUGCCAAGCUUGCAUGCGGCGACAUCGAUGUGCUUUUCCUUUUUCGUGGCACGGUAUGGCGGCAAUUGGGGCAUCGCGACGAUGAUUGUCUACUCCAGCGCGAUGUUCUGGAGCACGAUGUACCUCCAUCAUCAUUUCGCCAUCGAUCUCGUCGUCGGCUCUCUCUACUCGCUCGUGGCCUUUUCGCUUGCCUCGCAUUUCCUCCUUCGUAACCUCGAUGCCAAACACGAACGCGAGAUGACUACCCGCGGCGUGGACCGACUCUUUGGCCGGAGUAUGCGAAGUACCAGCAAGAACGUCAACAGCUACGAGCGGCUGCCGCCGUCUGCGAGAGUCGCAGCCCAGCUCGAACAAGAGGAGUUGACGUCGAGUCGCGCUUCUACCAGCAGGAGCAGCUCGACGGACUCGGAGAUAACCGCGAAGAUUAUCGGUUUCGGUCUUGGCAGCAAGGUUCCUUCGGACUCCGUCAUUGAGAUGGAAGAAGGGCGGAAGAGUGGGGUCUUGUCAGCGACACCGAUACCAGCGGCAUCGUCGGCAGCAGCAGCAGCAGCGGCGUGAUUGGCAUGACUGAAACAUCGAUACCCCAAGCCCGCAUACAACAAUUCGCAUCUGCAUAAAGGGAGCGCAGGUAUCUGUUUGCGGUCUUCAACUUUCUGGAUUCAGAAAAGCGUGACAGACUCCCCUCUCUGCAUCCCCACAUUCGCUUACUCUCCUCUCACGUUCUUGAUUGCUCUUGCCACUGCUUUCCUUCCCAACGGGGUCAAUCAACAUACAUCUGCCUAUCUAUAAUGGGGAAAUGGGAAAAAGACAAUUACUAGACAGUCGAAGGUACGAAGAUUGCAC